AUGACAGUUGAAGAUAAGGAGAAGGAUGUUCGACGCCACCAAUUGUGCCGAAAUUGUCUCAGGAAAGGUCACCAAGUACGUGAAUGCCCGUCGUCGAGCACAUGCCGCAAGUGUAAAGGUCGCCACCAUACCCAGCUCUGUCAUGGUGGAAAGUCAGUCUCUGUGAACUCCAGGACUGAAGAAUCUAGUACACCGAAUAUUGCUUCUGUCCCUGUCGUAGAAGAAAUCCCAAGAAACUCCACCGCUGCCAUACCUGAACACGUUAGCUGCACUUCUUCUGGCGUGCAAAGGAAAAGCGUCUUACUGGCUACCGCGGUAGUCAUUAUCAUCGAUGACAAUGGUGUCGAACAUGUCGCUAGGGCGCUACUAGAUUCCGGCAGUGAAUGCUCGUUCAUGACUGAAUCGCUCGCUCAACAGCUAAAUGCUAAGCGCACUGAAAUCAACAUUCCAAUUGCUGGUAUCGGUCAGUCCUCAACCAACGCUCGCUCAAAACUAAAAUCAACCGUUCGAUCUCGUUUUGGUAAUUUUUCGACCGCCGUGGAGUUCUUGGUACUCCCGAAAGUAACAGUAAAUCUACCAUCGAUAUCCAUUGACGUAUCGUCCUGGGAAAUUCCUCAUGGAAUCAAGCUAGCAGAUCCAUCAUUCUAUAAUACAAGACCAGUUCAACUCGUUCUCGGGGCGGACAUUUUCUUCGACCUCUUCGGGGUGUCCGGUCGGAUUCAACUCGGCGAAUCUCUUCCGAAUCUCGUCAACUCAGUUCUCGGUUGGAUCGUAUCUGGAGCAACUGCCAACCUUCUACCGACACAAUCGAUCACAGCUAACGUCGCUACAGUAGCAGAUCUUCAUCAACUCAUGGAAAAGUUUUGGAUCAUUGAGGAAAACAAGGAUGUUUCAUUCUUUUCCGUUGAAGAAGCAGCCUGUGAGGCUCAUUUCCGCAAAACAGUUUCUCGCUCUCCUGAGGGACGUUAUAUCGUUCGCCUUCCGCUGAAACAAAACGCUUUACUGCACCUCGGUGAUAACCGCCGCUCAGCCAUUCGUCGUCUGCAUCUCGUCGAAGGUCGUCUCACUAGCAAUCCAGAGCUGGGUGGUCACUACCGAAAUUUUAUGCAAGAAUAUGAAGAAUUAGGCCAUAUGAAACUAGUUCGCGAUUAUGAAAACCCACCAUCUCCCUGUUAUCAUCUGCCUCAUCACGCCGUUCUUCGAGAAGACAGCACGACAACAAAACUUCGUGUCGUGUUUGACGCAUCCUGUAGAACCACGAAGGAUCAUCCUUGGAUGACGCUCUCAUGGUUGGCCCAAUCGUCCAAGAAGAGCUCCGCUCAAUCAUCAUGCGCUCCAGAACCCACGCCAUUAUGCUCAUCGCCGACAUAA